AUGAAACUAUCUCCUUCAUUGCCAAUCGAGAAAGAAAAUACGUCGCUUGAUCCUACCGAUUGGGCAUCGGCUCGAUGUAUGGCACAUCAAAUGCUUGAUUCAUCAUUAGAUUAUAUUCAAUAUGUACGAGAUCGUCCUGUAUGGCGAGCGGUUCCUUAUGAUGUUCGCGCAGUAAUUGAAGAUGAACCAAUUCCUAAGCAAGGCCAACCGUUGGCAACUGUUUGUCAUGAUGUAAUUAAUUAUGUUAUGCCCUAUGCUAGAGGUAAUGCACAUCCUCGAUUUUGGGGUUGGGUAUCUGGUGAAGGUACAUUAGGUGGUAUCAUAGGAGAUAUGGUUUCGGCAACAUUAAAUGUUAACGCUUGUGCUAGUACUCACAGCGCUGCAUUCGUCGAAAGAACUAUCAUCGAUUGGAUGCGUAAUCUAUUUAAUUUCCCAGAAGAAAGUACUGGAGGUUUACUUGUUAGUGGUACAUCAAUAGCUACAGUGAUCAGUAUAGCAACGGCUCGUCAACGGGUACUGGUAAAUGUUCGAGAGGAUGGGCUCGUCAAUGGACAACAACUAGUUGCUUAUGUAUCAACAGAAUCGCAUGGAUGUGUUGUAAAAGCAAUGGAAUUGUUGGGACUGGGUUCGAAAGCCGUACAUUUGGUACCAGUUGAUGAAAACUUUUCUAUUAAGAUCGCGGAGCUGAAAACAGCAAUUAAAGAUGAUCGAGACAAAGGCCUGGUACCAUUUUGUAUAGUUGGAAAUGCAGGUACGGUAAAUACGGGUGCUUUCGAUGAUCUUCUCGAACUCUCCAAGAUUGCUCGUGCUGAAAAUCUAUGGUUUCACGUCGAUGGAGCUUUCGGCAGUUUCGUAAUACUCGAUCCUCAACGAAGUCAUCUUGUCACGGGUAUUGAUCAAGCUGAUUCACUUGCAUUCGACUUUCACAAAUGGUUGCACUGUCCAUACGAUGUUGGCUGUGUGCUUGUUCGUGAUAGUAGCCUUCUUCAUUCGACUUUUUCUACAAAUCAGGGCUGCUUAGAAAGAACCGAACGUGGUUGCUCGCUUGACGAUCGAUGGUUCUAUCAUUUAGGCCCUGAACUUUCACGUUCAUUUCGUGCACUGAAAGUCUGGUUUACACUUAAAGAACACGGUACGGUGAAACUAGGCCAAAAGAUUGCUGAAAACUGUGAACAAGCUCAAUACCUUGUAUCAUUACUAGAAAAAUAUAAAAAUAUCAUUCGUAUUGUUUAUCCUGUUUCAUUGAAUAUUGUAAACUUUCGAUUUGAGCCAGAAGAAUUCGACAAAGAUGAUCAUGAAUUGCUCGAAUCAUUCAACGAUGAACUCGUUGUGGAUAUUCAAAUGUCAGGCAUUGCACUUCCAUCAUCAUCACGCAUCCAAAACCGGCGCCAUAUUCGAAUAGCUAUCGUUAGUCAUCGAAGCACCCAUGAAGACUUUGAUAUAUUUAUGGAAACUCUCAUGAAACUGUAUCGAAGUCGAGUUGACGCUGUUGUAAUGGCAAGAAACGGUUAUGACUAA